UCGCCGCGCCUGCGCCUCCGCGUCACGUGGUGGGGGCGCGGGGCGGCUUCGGCGGGCGCCAUGUUGUGCGGCCCCGAGCCGGGCCGGGGAUGGCGGGGGCCGCCAGCAACUGGCUGUCCGGGGUCAACGUGGUGCUGGUGAUGGCCUACGGCAGCCUGAUCUUCGUGCUGCUGUUCAUCUUCGUGAAACGCCAGAUCAUGCGCUUCGCCAUGAAGUCCCGCCGUGGCCCACACGUCCCCGUCGGACAGCACGCGCCCAAGGAUUUAAAGGAAGAGAUUGACAUUCGACUGUCGAGGGUGCAAGAUAUCAAGUACGAGCCCCAGCUGUUAGCUGAGGAUGACAGCAGGCUGCUGCAGCUGGAGACGCAAGGCUGCUACAACUACUUGUACAGGAUGAAGGCGCUGGAUGCGAUCCGGACGUCGGAAAUCCCGUUUCACGCCGAGGGCCGGUACCCCAAGUCUUUAAUCGGGAAGAACUUCUGUGCCUAUCUGCUGGAACUGAGGAACUCCAGCGGCUCCUUCAAAGGCAUCCGCAAGGCCUUGAUCGACACCUUGCUGGACGGGUACGAGAGCGCCCGCUACGGCACCGGGGUCUUUGGGAAACCGGAAUAUCUCAAGUACCAGGAUGCUCUGAACGAGCUGGCAAACAUGACCAAGGCGCGGGGAGGCAGCAGCCAGAGGCAGCACCAGUCGGCGGCCAAGGACCUCACUCUGUCCCCCGAAGUGUCCAACCCCGCCACCAUCCAGGUCACCUACCUGCCUUCCAGCCAGAAGAGCAAACGUGCCAAACACUUCCUGGAGCUGAAGAGCUUCAAGGACAACUACAACACGCUGGAGAGCACGCUGUGAGCGGGGACCUUCGGCCAGCGGAGCAAACCCGGGGGGGAUUUGGCCUCAGGGCCGCGUGCUGGGACCAAGCGGCCGCGCUCUCUCUCGCUGUCCCUCUCGCAGGACACGGGGCAUCGUAGCUCGGCCGGCGGAGCCCUCCCUCGCCAGGAGCCUCUCGUGGCGCUGUGCCCACCCGCUCUCGGCUGCCUGGGAUGCUGCUCGAGGCUGGCAGCCCUGGCCCUGUGAAUAAACUUCAGUUAGCUGUA